GGCAACACUUUUGUUAACACUUCUUGUCAUCAACGGCUUAAGAGAUGCAAAGUUUUUUAUAUUUCUAUUAUUUUAAUAUUUAAAAAUGGUUACAUCGUGUGAAAUAAGAUUUGAUAACAAUCCAAAAGCCACAUUUCAAUCUGGACAAACGAUAACAGGAACAGUGAUAUUGACAUUAACCGAAAAAAAGAAAUUUCGAGCGUUGUAUUUGAAGAUUGAGGGAAGUGCGAAAUGCAUGUGGACAGUUACGAAAGGAACCGGAAAUAAACGGAGAUCGGUGACUUAUUCAGGGAAAGAAGAUUACUUAAAUCAAGUGACUUAUCUGUUUGGCAGCCAAUCAGGAACAACACCCGUUCAGAUUCCAGCUGGAACCACAACAUACUCAUUCGCUUGUAUACUUCCGCAACAAAUUCCGUCAUCAGUUGAGGGAAAAUAUGGAAAUAUCAGAUACAGUUGCAAAGCAGUUCUGGAUCGUCCAUGGAAGUCUGACAAAGAGUUCAGACUCUCAUUUACUGUUAUCAAAGCAGAAGAUUUGAAUUUGGUAACGCCGAGCUUGUUUCUUCCGGCAAAGUCAGAAAUUAUUCGUCGAUUUUACUGCUGCUGUUUCAAGUCAAAGCCAUUUCAAAUGUGUGUAAGCAUUCCAUUCACUGGCUACGUUCCGGGACAAAAAAUUGAAGUUACCAUUCACAUGAACAAUCAAUCAAAUAUUGAUAUUGAAGGAACAAAAGUUUCAUUGGAACGUGGCAUUCAAUACAUCAGUCAAGCUCCAAGAAAGAAGAUUCGCUUCGAAAGUUUAACAGUUUGUGAAAUUUUCGGUACCGGAAUGCGUGCUUGUGGACUUGGUGAAUUCAAAAUUCUUCUUCCACUUCCUCCACUUGCUCCCACUAAUAUGGAUUACUGCAGUGUUCUCACAACAAGUUAUCAACUUAAAGUCCUCGCUAAAGCUUCGGGUGCUCACAAAAAUCCACAUUUAAACAUUCCAAUAACAAUCGGAACGAUUCCUCUAAGGUCAUCAGUUCAAGCGCCACAUUAUGAUGCAGUUAUGAAUAAUUCAAUUGCUUCAUCAAGUAGCCAUCCAUCAGCUCCAAGAAACUUCAAUUUGCCACCACCAAGUUACGAAGAAGCUAUGAGAAUUGUGCCUGAAAUGACAGAAAAUAAUCACGAUGUAAGUGUUUUUAAUCCUUUAUACCCGGUUUGGAACUUUGGAAGUUCUCAACCACCAUCAGCAACGACAUCGCCAAGUAAAGUGCCUUAAAUUAAGAAAGCAAUGUAUUUACUCAUUUCAUAGCAAUUUGAAUGACGUCAUCUAAUUAACAUUUAGGUAGUUCUCUAAGAAUCUCUGUCAUGUACUCCUCUCUAAAUGAUAAGAGAAAAUUAAAUCAAAAAAUUGCUCAAAGAGCUUUAAACUUAUGUAUCGAAUCGAAUGUAUUUUUUUAAUAUAUUUUUUAAAAGAAUAAAAUUAAAAACUUUAUCAAACA